GCCGGGAAAGGACAGUCACUGCUGACUGGUUUUAUCCCUCUGUGACCCCCGAUUUCACCAGGGAGGCCGAGGCCUGGGCCCCGGGUGAUCUCCCCCGGCUCCAGAUCACCGAACCCUCCCAGGUCCCACGCCAGACGGAGCCAGGUCCCCACCGGAAAGGGCCUCAGAGCACCGGGACGCCAACACCGUCGCCUUGCAGACCAGGUUGGGGGCGAAAGAUGGCACUGACUAGCCACAGCUGGCUCUUCCUCAGUGCCGCUUUCCUGAGUGUGGGGGCCGAGAUCUCUAUCACCCCCGAGCCUGCCCAGCCAGCCAAGGGGGACAACGUCACACUGACUGUCCACGGGCUUCUGGGGGAGCUGCUUGCCUACAGCUGGUACGCGGGGCCCACUCUCAGCCUGAAUUACCUGGUGGCCAGCUACAUCGUGAGCACGGGCGACGAGACCCCUGGCCCAGCCCACACAGGGCGGGAGGCCGUGCGCCCCGAUGGCAGCCUGGACAUCCACGGCGUCCUGCCUGGGCACUCGGGCACCUACAUCCUGCAGACUCUCAACAGGCAGCUACAGACGGAGGUGGGCUACGGACACUUGCAGGUCUAUGAAAUCCUGGCCCAACCUGUGGUCAUGGCCAACGACACGGCACUGGUGGAGCGCCGAGACACCCUGCGCCUGACGUGCAGCAGCCCCAGCCCUGCUGAGGUCCGCUGGUUCUUCAAUGGCGAAGCCCUGCCCAUUGCCAUCCGCCUUGGCCAGUCCGCCGAUGGCCGGGUGCUGACCCGGCACGGCGUCCGCAGGGAGGAGGCUGGAGCCUACCAGUGUGAGGUCUGGAACCCGGUCAGUGUCAGCCGCAGCGAGCCCAUCAACCUGACCGUGUACUAUGGCCCAGAACGCGUGGCCAUCCUCCAGGACUCUACCACCCGCACGGGCUGCACCAUCAAACUUGACUUCAACACGUCCCUCACCCUGUGGUGUGUGUCCCAGUCCUGCCCAGAGCCCGAGUACAUGUGGGCGUUCAACGGGCGGGCCCUCAAGAACGGGCGAGACCACCUCAACAUCAGUAGCAUGACCGCAGCCCAGGAGGGCACAUACACGUGUAUUGCUAAGAACCCCAAGACCCUGCUUUCUGGAUCCGCCUCAGUGGUGGUCAAGCUCUCUGCCGCAGCAGUUGCCAUGACAAUCGUGCCUGUGCCGACCAAGCCGACCGAGGGCCAGGAUGUGACCCUGACUGUCCAGGGCUACCCCAAGGACCUACUGGUCUAUGCCUGGUACCGCGGGCCUGCCUCAGAGCCCAACCGGCUGCUCAGCCAACUGCCAUCUGGGAACUGGAUCGCAGGCCCCGCGCACACAGGCCGGGAAGUGGGCUUCGCCAACUGCUCGCUGCUGGUGCAGAAGCUGAACCUCACGGAUGCCGGCCGCUACAUGCUCAAGACCGUCACGUUGCAGGGCAAAACCGAGACGCUGGAAGUGGAGCUGCAGGUGGCCCCCCUGGAGUAGCAGCACAGCUGUGGCAGUGGGAACCUCGGAGAGAAGAGCUCUUCAUGCCACCCAUCCCCCCCAUCUCCUCCCACUGGGUGGAGGACCACUUGCUCCCAGUGAA